GUGUGUGUGCUAACCGCAAAGCGGCACCGCGAUUUCAGUCGACAGAAAGGCACCGCGUGGGGUGUAUGGUUGACAAAGUCAGUGCGCGUUCAGUCUCACAGGAAAAGUGCAGUUUUCUGUUUAAAAAAUAACUUUUCAGUGUGAUGCUGAGAAAGGAUAGGUCUGUUUUGACAUUUUCUGCCUUCGCGACGCGCAUUAUCGGGUGAUAUGUGAAUUUAUUUGUUGUUUGGUGUUUUUUUUUUGGUUGGUCUUGAAAGAAGAAAGAAAUAUUUUAGAGAAAUUCAAAAUAUAAAACCUCAGCUAUGUGGUGUCUUUGGUCUUCCUUGAAUACGAUCCCGAAGCAGUUGGUGUUCAUGUUUUCUGUGUUGGUACACUUUCUUGCACAAUGCCAUUCGGAGGCUUCCCCUGAGGACCACGUCUCGAUUGGAGCGUUUAACUAUAAUGCAGAGGAUAAUAGUUUCGUAUCUGCGUACUUAAAUAUAUCGUUCAAGACUGACCACGGAUGGAAGUGGGACAAAACGGAGGUCGGAAGAUUCGGAGGGGGAUACGUUGGUCCGGCGUUCGGUGUUCUAGUCCACAUCACAUCACAGCAUCGACGAGAUGAUCACAGCGGUUGUGUGCUUCCACUAGAGAGCUCAAGGUCGGACGGACGUCUCCCGAAUCCGGGAACUCCGUGGAUAGCGAUGAUAAAAAGGGGUCAGUGCAAUUUUGACAUAAAGAUCGAUAAUGCGUUUCGGAGCCACGCUUCUGGAGUUAUCGUGUACAAUGACCGCGAUUCAUCGUCGCUGGAGAAAAUGAAGCUGAGCAACGAUCCCAGGCGAAAUAUAAGUUCUGUGUUUAUAUACAAAUGGAAAGGAGAAGAAUUAGCUAAAUUGUCCGAAAACGAUUCGGAUGUAUACGUGCACAUUACCAUAGCGGGACAUACCUCAUCAAAGACUGCUAAUAUAAAUAGGACAUCCGUAUUGUUCGUCUCCAUUACUUUCAUUGUUCUGAUGAUAAUUUCUCUCACGUGGCUCGUUUUCUACUACGUGCAGAGGUUCAGGUACAUCCGUACCAAGGACAAACUUACGCGCAAGUUAGGGAACGCGGCUAAGAAAGCCUUAUCGAAAAUUCCGACUAAGCACUUAAAACUUGACGACAAGGAGAUGCAAGGUGAUGGAGAAUGCUGUGCGGUUUGCUUAGAACCUUACAAGUUAAACGAUACCUUGAGGAUCUUACCCUGUGGCCACGAAUUCCACAAAAAUUGCAUUGAUCCCUGGCUAUUAGAACACAGGACUUGUCCAAUGUGCAAAAUGGACAUUUUGAAAUAUUAUGGUUUUGUGUUUACUGGUAGUCAAGAGAGUAUCCUUCAAAUAGACGGAUUAGAGGAUCACGUAGUACAAGUAUCCGACACAAGCCGCUCUUUGAGCGCAAGACGUGGUGCCAUAAGCCCUUUACCAGAAAUUAGAGCUGUGAUAGUGACUGAUCAGCAGCGACAAUGUUUAUUCGAUAGCUCGGCAGAUGAUGAAAGUAGUCGGGCAUCUACGCCAAAUGAGAUGACACCAAGCCUGUCCCCAAAAAAUCAGUUUCCGUCACCCGCGGCGAUCAACCAAGAUCUGUGUGUCAGUUGUCGAGCAGCUCGUCAAUCGAGUAACUUACCAUCUGAUUCGUUGCAACGGCCAUCAACCUCUGAUAUGGUUAUCGAAAUUGACGAAUAUGAGGCUAAAAACUGACUGUAUUCUCUUGUGAUGUGAUGUGUGGUGACAAAAUUGUUAAGUGAUAUGUAAAGACUUGUUCUACUUUGUUAUGUAGUUUAUUGAUAGCACUGUUAUCAGGUUUGACUACGUUUUUGUUAUCUAAAGGUGAAGUCAGCAAAGGUAUAUAUUAAAAAUUACCAUAUUAUCAUAUAUCAGGAGGUUGAUUGAAAUCAAAUAGCACUGAUUCAUUAUUAAUAACUGUUAUUUAAUUUAGUUUCUGUGAUACAUCAGUAUUUGGUAAAAAAGAAGUUAUGUUAAAGGCAAAGUUCUGAUUAUGCCAUUUGGAGUAGUGAAUCGGUGUUACUGUUUUAAUCUAGAUAUUUCUAUGCCAUUGAUAGACAUUUGAUGUUAAAGUUGGUUCAGAUUUUUGGAUGCUUCAAAAAUAACAUGUUUACUCGCUUAUUCUUAUCAUGGAUGAACAUUUUCUGCAUUUGGCACUGAUAAACAGUACAAUUUUAAAAAAUGUUUUCAGAUUGUGGUGCUAUUUUUAACAGAUAAUUGCAGUAAGAUCGAACGAAGUACUUAUUUCAUUUUAACAUUUAGGUGUUAACAUAAAAUAAAAUAAAAAAGCUACCAAGCACUUAGUGACCAAUUUCAGCCAGCAAUAUUGUUUAAAAUAUUGUACUUAAAAUGUUAGACAUCUAGAUUUCGUAAUUAUGUUGAGUCUUUUGGAAAUGGUUUAGCAAUGUUACUGAUUUCCGUGUUCCCUAAUUUUGUGAUACAAUUUAGUUAGUGACUUUUUGUAAUAAAUCAAUGAGGUGCUAGUUGUUUCAUUGCAUGAAAAUUAAGAUAUUUCUAAGAAAAAUUAUUAUUAGGUUGACUUUAGGAAUUUAGUAAUAUUUUUGCUGUUUUAACAUAACUUUUUGUAUAAAAUUGUCAUACGAAGACAUAAAAAUGGGGUUAAAAUCGACAAUCGGUAAUGGGGAGUGACCUUGAAAUGAAUGACGUAAGGUAGUAGCAUAGGCGAUGGAUGACUUCAUUUGAACUGGCGAACUGGUGGCAAGUUUAUGGCCUAGUAAAGUGCAGUUCAAAUUACAAAAAAAUUGUUAGGUUGAACAAGCUUUUAAUUUUGAUGGUUAGGAUGUAAUGUAGCAAGAUCUCUUAGAAACAAAAAAUGGAAUUACCGAUUGACGACUCAAAUUUAAUCAAAUAAUCAAUCAAAUUGCAAAAUUUGCAACAGGAGUCAUAGGACUCUGUAACAACUCAAAAUGUUUGACUUUGUCCCAAAUUCAUAGCCACUUUUUGACCCAAUUAUUCCUUCAUUCACUUACAGAGUCUUAAUGAUUUUUUUUGUUUAUUUGCAGCAAAAAAAUCAAAUACAAAUAGUUUCGAAUUUAGCCAACGUUUUGAUUUGUGAUUUACUCCUGAGCACUAGGACAAAAAAAAUGCUGAUGGAUACUGAACAUUACUGGUACUAGUCAAGACAAGACGAGUAAACUUUCAAAUUUAACGACGACCCGAAAGAUCCUUUCAAGUAAUGUUCGAUAAAAUAUUGUUUACCAAUAUAUUAUGUACUGGAGGAUUAUUAUCAACCUUAUACCAAUACGGACUGUGCAUUGUAAACUACCGAUUUGGUGAGAAGUGCCUUGGUACUAUUAGUUAAAUUGCUUUACAAUUCAAAAUGAAGUUUUUUUGUAAAAUCACUUAAAUUUCAUUUUUGAAUAAUUCCAGUAAGUUAAUGUUAUACAAUUAUUUCAAUG